AUGCGCCUGAUAAAUGUCCGCACGAUUCAAUUGGAGGAAGUCCAGAGCAGCAGGGCUCCCAAAUAUGCCAUCCUGUCGCAUCGAUGGGAAAAGGAAGAAGUCACUUUUCAGGACAUGAGUUCCCCCAAGACCUUUGGCAAGAAAGGCUUCUCCAAGAUUCAAUCGGCUUGCUGGCUUGCCCGUAACAAGGGACUUGCCUACCUUUGGGUGGACACCUGUUGCAUCGACAAGACCAGCUCGGCGGAACUGACCGAAGCAAUCAACUCUAUGUAUCGAUGGUACCAGGACGCCGAAGUUUGCUUUGCCUAUCUCACAGAUAUUGAGAUCCACCAGCACGAUAUCAAGAACAGCGUGUGGUUCACGAGGGGCUGGACACUCCAAGAAUUGAUCGCUCCAAAGCACGUCAGCUUCUAUGAUCGACAUUGGGUCUUCUUAGGGACCAAAGACAACCUGGCAGAGGAUCUCUCGAAUAUUACCGGCAUUGAUAGAGAUGUCCUUAUCGGUCAGAGAAGACACUCGAGCUGUUCAAUAGCACAGCGGAUGUCAUGGGCAUCAAAACGGCAGACGGAACGCAUUGAGGAUCGAGCAUACAGUCUCUUGGGAAUCUUCGACGUUAGCAUGCCCAUGUUGUAUGGAGAAGGGGAAAGAUCAUUCACAAGACUACAAGAAGAGAUCAUCAGGCACUCCGACGACCAAUCCAUAUUUGCAUGGGAUCGCGGAUUGGAAGGCUAUUUCGGAGGCCGCAGCGGUCUUUUAGCAACCUCUCCUUCGAACUUUGUUACUUGUCAGAACGUUGUUGUCCCCGCCACCAGCGGUUUACCAGUCACCAGCGGCUUUGCGUUGACCAAUGUGGGAAUCUCGAUUUCCCUGAUGACCCUCCCGUGGACGAUGGAGACAUACCUCUGUAUCUUACAUUGCAGCCUCAAAAAUUGUCCUCAAUACAGGCUUGGCAUCUUUCUCGAACGACUCUCUUCGUCUCAAAAUACAGAGCAAUAUGCUCGGGUGCAGAUCGACGGUGCAACAGUGCUGCCCAUCUUGCUUCGUACAAUUUUGGACGACUCUCAUGGUCGAGUACGCACCGUCCAUGUCCGGCCCAAUAUCAUCGACGCACCACUCCGCCGCUGGCAUGGGUUCCGCCUCCAUAGCUUCACUCUACCGGAAUAUACCCCCGACGAACUCUGUCAGGCAAGAUUCCAUUGCCGCGACAAGUUGCAGUCAAUGACCCGGUACAGCGCCGAAGAAAUGCGGGCAGCAAAGCACUAUCACCCGAACGGGCUUCUAGGCUUGCCUCCCCGGCCCCUCUAUUUCCGUAUGCCGCGUGCUAGAGGAGGCGUCGUGAGCAUCAGAGGCACCGCGGCCGUCAUUUACAUCGCACCUUCGAAGAAAGACAAGAAUGGCGAACGUGUCUGCUGGAUGAAGUUCGGCUUCGACGAAGACUUCCGCCCGGUCUGUAUCUUUGGCAGACGGAAGUCUCUGUGGGGUGGUAAUGCAGCACACCUCGCUGUUGACGAGGACUCGUAUUACGACGCCGAAGAAGCCCCUGGAGCACAUGCCCUUCUUUUUCGCCACGACUGGAUUAACAGGUAUCCGUGUGUGAACGACCAGGAGAUCGCAGCGCAGUGGCAGAAGCGCGAUUUCUGCAUCUUGAAGGGCGUCAAGGACUGGGGCUUGGACAAGCAGAUCCCGUUCUUGCGACUGCGUAUUUCGAUUCGGCUGGAGAAUAUACCCUCGAACUACCCGCCUGACGGACGACCGGAGUCGGCACAACCGGGAAUGGAUGUGUGGACGAUCAAUAUCAAUUCCUGGAGAGACUCGGGCGAGAACGGAGGAAUGAAGACGGCCACGGGAACCGGGGAGUUCGUGCUGCGCUCGUUGGACGACAUGUUUGCCGCGGUCUAA